UCGUCUCCUCCUCCCCGUCCCCAAUCCAAUCGAGCUUCUCUUCUCCAAUCUCCAAUCGCUCCAUCCAUCCAUGGCGACUCUCACCAUGCAGCCGAUCGGCCCCCUACCGUCUACGCAGGAAGGCUCAAGGGAGGAGAAGCCUGCGGAAGAUGGUGCCGAUUUGGGUGACAUCGACUCGGGGUGGGUUGUCCUUGGGAAAUCGGAUAUCGUCUCGGCGGAUUUGGCAGCUCGCAGCCUGCGAUCAUCUCCAAAGGCGAUUCCCUCAUGGGCGCGCUGGGUGAUUGGAGGUGUGCUGCACACAGUGGUGCCAUUCUACGAGAGAGUCCGGUAUAUUGAAGAUGAGACAGCUCGAAAUCUGGAGACUGCUGUAGAGGUUGUGGAGCAUGUAGCUGAGGUCACAGAGAAACUAGCUUCUAACGUGGCUGGCAAAUUUCCUGAGAAUGGGUGUCUGCAUAAAGCAGUGGAGAAGAUUGAGUACAUAGCUGAGGUAGUGGAUGAAGAUGCAGAGAAGGUUGAGGUCAUUGUUGACAAUAUUGACAAGUUCAGCGACAAGGUUGAUGCUGAAGUAGAACCUGUCAUCAAGGAGCUUCAGAAGGAAUUCAAGAUUCAGCAUCCAAUGGUGGAGUAAAUGUGCAUGCAUGAUCAACAUCCGUAUGUAGAUGGAAGUGCUCCCAGCUCCCCAUAUUGUAUAUAGCAUUACCAUGUCAUUUUCUCUAUCUUCUGAUUUUGAGUGACUGGUUGUACAUAUGCGUGCCUUUCUGUAUGAAUGCACCAUGCUUGUAGCGAGGCACGGUUUUGUUGUGCCUGGUGCUCGAAAUUGACGCAGAGAGGUACUAGCAUUCGGUGUGGUACAAAAUAGAAUGAUUGGUACUGUAAUUGGUGAUAAUACGUUCUACGUAGAGCUUGUAAUGCUGUCAGCUAUACUAUCUAGGUCUCGUGUAUUACCUCUGUUUCAGGUUAA